UACAUUCGUCGAGAAUGACCCGAAGUCAAUGGUUCCUUGUAUAUUAGUACACUCUUCCUGGAAAGGAGCGAGUGAAAAUGUUUAAUUUUUAGGCUAAAACGGCCUUUUCUCAACCAAUAAGUGAAGAUUGUGGCCUUUGUUAGCUUAUAAGUGCGCUUCGGCAUCCGUGUACGUUCAAAAAGAAGAUGAAUAAGGUCCUGAACUGGGAUGACCGGGUGUCUAUGUGGGUAUAAUGGCGUUCAGUUCUGGUCCACAAACUUAACCACAAGUGCGAAUUUCAAAGGAUUUUUCUUUACUGGAUUUCCAGAAUUGACCAUUAGCAGUGCGGCAUUUUCAUUUUGCAGCCGAACUACUCUGGAAAAAAUCGAGUGAAAUCAUACAGAGUCCAAAUCACGUCGUGUUUGAGUUCUGUGAUACAAUUAACAAUGUGAUAUAAAACUCCAAACAAAAUUCUAAGAGUGGAUAUUUCCUAAGAUAAACUUCUGUUCAUGUGUAUCUGGGAUAGACUGAUCUUAUUUGAAAUAGACAUACCAUUUUUAUAACGGUGGUGCCAUGGAAAAGAACGACCAGAAUAAAAAGAAUUCAAAACGCCAUGGGGUGAACGAGGGUCAUCAAGCCAGAUAUAAUGCAAACUCCACCAGUUCGGGUGUUGUCAUGGUGGGCCCGAACUUCAGGGUUGGAAAAAAGAUAGGUUGUGGCAAUUUUGGAGAACUGAGACUAGGAAAAAAUUUGUAUAAUAAUGAACACGUAGCUAUUAAAUUGGAACAAAUGAAAUCCAAAGCGCCUCAGCUGCAUUUAGAGUAUAGGUUCUACAAAUUGUUGGGCAGUCACGAGGGCAUUCCUGAGGUGUAUUACUUCGGACCUUGUGGUAAGAAUAAUGCCCUGGUUAUGGAACUGUUGGGUCCUAGUUUGGAGGAUCUGUUCGAUCUCUGUGAUCGUAAAUUCUCCUUGAAGACUGUUUUAAUGAUAGCGAUUCAAUUGCUCCACCGUAUAGAAUACGUUCAUAGUCGACAUUUAAUCUACAGAGAUGUAAAACCCGAAAAUUUUCUAAUCGGUAGGAGCAGUAUCAAGAGAGAAAAAAUUAUUCACAUUAUAGAUUUUGGUCUUGCAAAGGAGUACAUUGAAUUGGAAACCAAUAAACACAUUCCGUAUCGAGAACAUAAAUCUUUGACUGGCACUGCGCGUUAUAUGUCAAUUAACACGCAUCUAGGAAAAGAGCAAUCCCGAAGGGAUGAUCUAGAGGCUCUAGGACAUAUGUUCAUGUACUUUUUAAGAGGUUCCUUGCCCUGGCAGGGUCUGAAGGCAAAUACGCUUAAGGAACGCUACCAGAAAAUCGGUGAUACAAAACGUUCCACAACAGUUGAGCAACUGUGCGAGGGUCAUCCUGAGGAAAUGGCAACAUACCUGAGAUACGUUCGCCGUUUGGACUUCUUCGAAACACCUGAUUACGAAUAUCUACGAGGUCUCUUCCAGAAUUUGAUGAGCCGAAAAGGAUAUGUUGACGAUGGAGAAUUUGACUGGUCUGACAAAACUACGAGCACUCCAGUUGGAUCGUUACAAACCCAUGAUGUAGUUGUAUCGCCUAAUAGAGAAAGACACGGGGCCCCUAAGACGACUGGUAAAAGUAGUGCCUGGCCAGAGGCCUCCAAACAGAGUACUCUAGGAAAUUUGACUCCGGCAGACCGUCAUGGAUCUGUUCAAGUCGUCAGUUCAACUAAUGGAGAGUUGAAUAAUGAUGAUCCGACAGCUGGGCACAGCAAUACCCCGAUAACUCAGCCCCAAGAGGUCGAGAUGAUGGAUGAAACCAAAUGUUGUUGCUUCUUUAAAAGAAAGAAGAAGAAAGGAGUACGUACCAAAUGACUGCAGUAUAGUGAAACGGACCAACAUCUUACUCUGCUGCCAUGUGGCCACAGUGGGGGCACCCUUAACUAAUCGCUCGGCAGCACACAUUGUACUAUUUAGCUAAUAUAGAUUAGCCUUAUCUAUUUUAAGUAUGUUAAGUCGUACCAUAUCUGUACAGAACGUCUGCAGAGAAGCCUUACUCAUUGGUCAGUUCUGUAUUUUCUCGCUAAGUUUAUUUAUCGUCCAGAUGCUUGUCGUCAUUAUUUAUUUUACUUUACCAAAUAUUAAUAUGACCUAGAGUAGAGAGUGUUCUAGUAAUGUUGCUUUUAAUUUGAAUGUUUUCCUCAGAGUAAGGCAGAAAGAAGUUGACGGCAUGAGGGUUUGCUAUUUGGCCACUCUGGAUUCUAUACAAAACCUAGGUUUCCCCAUUCUGAACAUCAUCACAAAAUUCGUUUCAAUUCCUCAGAAAGUGGCCUUGUUUGUUUUUUAAUUUUCUUCGGUAAGCAGAACUUCAAUUCCAUCUAAGGCUAUAGCGCUCUAUUUCUUUUUUUUUUUUUGUUUUGUUGCCCUUUGUUUUUUAUAAAUUGUUCAAAAAUAAAGCUGCUUCAUGUAUUUUCGAUUUUAAUUAUUCUAUUCUCAGAAUAAUUUUAAGUGAUCUUGUUGAACAGAAGAAUUUUCUGGAGAAAUGUACAGUUGCAAAAUCAUUUAUACAGAUGAUAUUCAAGUGAAAUUCUGGAUACUGUUGUAUCUUGUAAAAUUUCAAUUUUUUCAUUUUCACCAAUGGCGCAUUUGCUUGAAGCAGUUAAUAUAUAUUCCCGAAAUUAUUCUUGAAUGAUUUUUGUUAGAAUUGUGUAGAGCAAAUAAUAAUAAUAAUAAUAAUCGAGAUGCCUUUUAAACUGUCUGGUAUCCUCAUGCAGUUUUGUGAGUAGACGAGUCCUCCCACUUCAUUUUUGUAAUUAAAGUUCAGGUGGAGGCAUGUAUGAUGCCUGUUCCAUUUCUCUGUUUAGCGACAUCUGUCAUCUUACUUGCCUUCACUAAGCUUCUUCAUUUGACGUAACCUUGUGAUUUAUUCGUUGUAUAAAUUUUUGCUUUGUUGAUCUCAAGUGAAGGUUGAUCGACUGCUUGAAGUCCACAUUUGAACAAAGAGAUGCCAAUGGAAAUUGAGAAAGUGUUCUUCCGAUACUUGUAAUGUCGAAACAUUUUGUUAUUUAUUCUAUAUGCAGUUGAGCCCAAGGAAAACCUGGUUGGGUGCUUUAGAUGAAAAACAUUGUCGAUAUAAAAUCUAAAGUUGUAUCACCUAAAACGAUCCUGUCUUGUUUUCAUUGGGCCACUCUGUAUCCUUUAGGCUGAGAAACGGCGACUAUCAGACUUUAGUUGUACUCGACUCAAAGUGAUACUCGCUAUUGUAUUAUAUUAGUCUGCCAGUGGCUGGAUCUUAAGUAUAUCUGUUAAUUCUUGGUAAAUUUAUUUAAGGAAACGCUACGAGUAUGUUCAUGUAUCUAGUUGUGAAUGUUGUUUCUUGGAGAGAGAGAUUGAAUAGAUUCUUUUCCAGCGGUUGGUCUGUUGCUCUCUUGUGGCUAGGCGUUUCUUUCGUUAAUUUUUUUUGUCCUUUGUUUGACCAGUUUGUACAGGGCGUAAAAAUGUAAUGCCUGACCAAACUCAAUAUCUGCCCAUGAAGUCGAUAAAAUUUUAAUUCUUUUAAUAUGGCUAUUACAAAUAUAGAAUGUUAUAUCACAGUGUUUCUUAUUCUUCAACCCUUAUCGUUUGUAUAUCUGGCAGACUCGACAAGUUUUUUUUGUAAAUAUAGAUUCUAGCAGCAAUAUAAUUACAUGCGUCAUACACUUUUAGAUGUAUAUAAGUACUUCCUUGAUAGUGAAUUUUUAUCUUCCUACAAUUUUGCAAUUUAAAUUUAUUGUAACAUUGUAAAAAUUGUUGAACCCAAAUUAAUAUAAUAAAUACUGCUAUUUA